UGUUGCCGUGGAGUCCGGGAGACGCUCAAGGCCUCCUCCGCCGGGGAGGCCGCGGGGCCGGGGCGUCAUGUCGGUGCUGGACGUGCUCUGGGAGGACCGCGAGGUCCGCUUCGACUUAUACUCGCAACAAAUGAAAACAAGGCCUGGAGAAGUCCUCAUUGAUUGUUUAGACUCUAUUGAAGAUACCAAAGGAAAUAACGGGGACAGAGGUAGACUCUUAGUAACAAAUUUAAGAAUUAUCUGGCAUUCUUUGGCAUUAAUUCGAGUCAAUCUUUCUAUCGGUUACAACUGCAUAUUGAAUAUUACAAUAAGGACUGCUAACUCUAAAUUACGAGGCCAAACUGAAGCUCUUUAUAUACUAACAAAAUGUAACACUACUCGCUUUGAAUUUAUAUUUACAAAUUUGGUUCCUGGAAGUCCUAGACUUUUUACUUCUGUGAUUGCAGUACGCAGGGCAUAUGAAACUUCUAAGAUGUAUCGUGAUUUCAAAUUGAGAAGUGCAUUAAUUCAAAACAAGCAACUAAAGUUGUUACCACAAGAGCAUGUUUAUGAUAAAAUCAAUGGUGUAUGGAAUUUAUCCAGUGAUCAGGGAAAUUUAGGAACAUUUUUUAUCACCAAUGUGAGAAUUGUGUGGCAUGCAAACAUGAAUGACAGUUUUAAUGUCAGCAUCCCAUAUUUGCAAAUUCGUUCAAUAAAGAUUAGAGAUUCAAAAUUUGGCUUAGCUCUUGUCAUUGAAAGUUCUAAGCAGAGUGGAGGAUAUGUUCUUGGCUUUAAAAUAGAUCCCGUGGAAAAACUACAGGAAUCAGUUAAGGAAAUCAAUUCACUUCACAAAGUCUAUUCUGCCAGUCCCAUAUUUGGAGUGAAUUAUGAAAUGGAAGAAAAGCCACAGCCCCUUGAAGCUCUGACAGUGGAACAAAUUCAAGAUGAUGUUGAAAUAGACUCUGAUGGUCACACAGAUGCAUUUGUGGCUUAUUUUGCUGAUGGUAAUAAGGUUGCUCACAAAAUGGAUUCCCAGCGGGAACUUGCAGAGGAACUACGGCUUUACCAAUCCACCCUUCUUCAGGAUGGUCUAAAAGAUCUCCUGGAUGAGAAAAAAUUCAUCGAUUGCACCGUCAAAGCAGGUGACAAAAGUCUUCCUUGCCACAGAUUGAUUUUGUCAGCUUGUAGUCCUUACUUCCGUGAGUACUUUUUAUCUGAAAUUGAGGAGGAGAAAAAAAAGGAGAUAGUACUAGAUAAUGUGGAUCCGGCUAUACUUGAUUUAAUCAUCAAAUACCUGUACUCUGCUAGUAUUGAUCUCAAUGAUGAAAACGUGCAAGAUAUUUUUGCGUUGGCCAGCCGAUUUCAGAUCCCCUCAGUGUUCACUGUCUGUGUGUCCUAUCUCCAGAAAAGACUUGCUCCUGGUAACUGUCUAGCCAUCCUGAGAUUAGGACUUCUUCUAGACUGCCCAAGACUCGCCAUUUCUGCCCGGGAAUUUGUGUCUGAUCGCUUUGUGCAGAUUUGUAAGGAAGAGGACUUUAUGCAACUGUCUCCACAGGAACUGAUCUCCGUCAUUUCAAAUGAUAGUCUAAAUGUAGAAAAGGAAGAAGUGGUAUUUGAGGCAGUGAUGAAAUGGGUAAGAACAGACAAAGAAAACAGGGCUAAAAAUCUUAGCGAAGUAUUUGAUUGCAUCCGUUUUCGUCUUAUGGCAGAAAAGUAUUUCAAAGAUCAUGUUGAGAAAGAUGACAUAAUUAAAAGCAACCCUGAACUCCAGAAAAAAAUCAAAGUUCUAAAAGAUGCUUUCACAGGUAAACUCCCAGAACCUAGCAAAAAAGCCGAGAAGACUGAGACUGGUGAGGUGAAUGGGGAUAUUGGUGAUGAAGACUUACUUCCUGGUUACCUGAAUGACAUUCCCAGGCAUGGAAUGUUUGUCAAAGACCUCAUACUCUUGGUUAACGACACAGCUGCAGUGGCUUAUGAUCCCACAGAAAAUGAAUGCUACCUUACUGCACUGGCUGAGCAGAUCCCCAGAAAUCAUUCCAGCAUUGUUACCCAACAAAAUCAGGUGUAUGUGGUAGGAGGACUAUAUGUAGAUGAAGAAAAUAAGGAUCAACCUCUUCAGUCAUACUUUUUCCAGCUUGACAACAUAUCAUCUGAGUGGGUUGGACUUCCGCCUCUCCCAUCAGCCAGGUGUCUCUUCGGUCUGGGAGAAGUAGAUGACAAAAUCUACGUAGUUGCAGGCAAAGAUCUUCAAACAGAGGCUUCGCUGGAUUCAGUAUUGUGUUAUGAUCCUGUAGCUGCAAAAUGGAAUGAAGUAAAACAUCUUCCUAUCAAAGUUUACGGACAUAAUGUUAUUUCACAUAAUGGUAUGAUAUAUUGUCUUGGUGGAAAGACAGAUGACAAAAAAUGUACAAAUAGGAUGUUCAUCUACAACCCAAAAAAAGGAGACUGGAAAGAUCUGGCUCCAAUGAAGACCCCUCGUUCCAUGUUUGGUGUGGCUGUCCACAAAGGCAAAAUUGUAAUUGCAGGAGGUGUCACUGAAGAUGGCCUUUCAGCUUCAGUUGAAGCUUUUGAUCUCAAAAGCAAUAAGUGGGAAGUAAUGACUGAAUUUCCUCAAGAAAGAAGCUCCAUCAGUUUGGUCAGCCUGGCUGGAUCCCUGUAUGCCAUUGGUGGUUUUGCUAUGAUUCAACUGGAAAAUAAAGAGUUUGCACCCACUGAAGUCAAUGACAUUUGGAAGUAUGAAGAUGAUAAAAAAGAAUGGGCUGGGAUGUUGAAGGAAAUUCGUUAUGCUUCAGGAGCUAGUUGCCUGGCAACACGUUUAAAUCUCUUCAAACUGUCUAAACUAUAAAUAAGAUGACAAAAUACAAUAGCUUGAGGGGUGUUUUGUUUUGUUUUUUUUUGAUAAUGGAGUUUUAAGUUUUUAAAAACCUGUAUAGAGAUUCAUGUAGAAAUUCUUCCAUGCUAUUAUCUAAGAGGUGUAGAGAGAAUCAAUACGUUUACCACCGGCUCUUCAAUAUAACUGAGUUUAGAACCAUUUUUUUUAAGAAAGUUAAUGUUUAUUUGAA